GAACGAGUCAAAAAUCUCGGCGAACAUGUUUCGCAUAGUGUGAUGAGCUGUGUCUGGUGUCGGUGUCGGUAGUUCUGGUGACGUGCGGUCGUUCCUUCUCCUCCGCGAAUUUUACUGCCUACGGGAAUGAAGAGAAAUGUUUGCUGGUUGUUUUUACUCCUGACAAUUGUUGCUACGAUACCAGUGUUUCUACUCUAUCGACAAAUUGCACAUGAAGUGACGCAGGAACAGCUGUUUGCCCUAUAUCAUGACCAGCUGGUUCCAAAUGGAGGAAAUCGGAAUGACACUCAGUCACUGCAUUGUAUGCAAUUUCCUGGGAACAUGACGCUGUAUCCUGAUUGUCUCGAAAAAAUGCAGUGGAUAAGAAAUGGUUGGAAAUCACAUCAAUGCUAUGCUUCCUUGGGAGUUGAUGGGUCAGUAUGUUCAUUUCGACGUUAUCUAUCACUUGUUGAAAACCACUGUCCGCCUAUGGAUAUCGACGUAGGCCGUACUACUACACCACACUAUGCUCAGACUAACACAGACUUGGAACACCUCUUGAAAGUUGUAAUGCCAUCAAACUAUUACAUGAAACAUCGCCUCGAACAAUACUGGUCUAGCUGGGAGAAGGCUAUGCAAAAAGCGUCAGCCAAGUAUCCCAAUUCGAUGUCGAGUAGGAGCAAAAUGAAUAUACUGAUCCACUUGGGGGUUCUGACUGCUAAAAACAUACACAUUGGUGAGAAAUCUAGCAGUGGAGGCCCUCUCGGUGAGCUGCUACAGUGGUCUGACCUCAUCGCAUGUUUGUUCCUAUUGGGCCAUAAUCUGUAUAUAUCUACUGACAGUGCAACCUUGUUGAGACAUGUCGACCGAUUUCCCAUCGACACACCAUGUCCUCCACAGGACAGCCGGCUGCGAUUAGAUCUUAUUAUCACGGAUAUUAUUGGACUAACUUCAUUCAAAAAGCGAAGGAAUUUUCUAGUGCAUCAUAAAUGUCGACUGCGAUUGGUUGACAGUUUUGGUACGCAAGUUGAAUUUAAUUAUAAAUCGUAUUUCAAUGCUCAUCAACUAGAGUUUUCUAUGAAAGGAACAAAGCAAAAAAAUCCAUGGGGAGGGCACGGCCUUCAGCUUCUUCAACACUGGACAUUCUUUCCACACACUCCUGACAAUGGAUUUCUUGGCUUUGCUAUCCAUGACUCCGAUGUUGCACCUCUAUUCAAACGUGGCUCACGUGGUCCUACCUCAUUAGUGUAUGGAAAAGAGAAAUACAUGUGGAAUAAAGCGGAUACGCUAAUCGAAGUGCUCAAAUCCCUCACAGAGGUUCAUGCAACUGUUGCUGAUGUGAAUGGUACAGAGUCUUCAAUGUUCAGUAAUAUAAUCAAUCAUGGUUUUUUGAAUUUUACUGGCAUAACAUCCCUUUUACGAUCGGUGGACAUAUUUGUUGGCCUUGGAUUUCCUUUCGAAGGCCCCGCUCCGUUAGAAGCGAUCGCAAAUGGAGCUGUAUUCAUAAAUCCGAAAUUCGAUCCUCCAAAGUCUCGACUGAAUACAGAAUUCUUCCGAGAUAAGCCAACGUUAAGGGAGUUUACCAGCCAGUUGCCGUACAUUGAACGAUUAGGCAAGCCUUACGUGUACACAGUCGACGUCAACGAUACAAAAGCUUUAGCAGAAGCGAUAAGAAGUGCAGUAAAGGAAAAACCACGACCUUUUCUGCCCGAAGAGUUUACGCCGGAAGGGAUGUUGAUCAGAGUAAACAUGUUGUUAUCACGAGAUCUAUGCUCAAAGACGUCAUUCUGGCCACCGAGCACAUCAUUACAGCCGAAAGUGAGCGCUCAAGAAGAAUCAUGCGAAAAAGCAUGCGAAUCAGCUGGACUGAUUUGCGAGCCGUCUUUUUUCCCGCUCAUAAACUUCGCAGCUGCGUUACAAAGUUUCUUCGGCUGCAGCACUAGCAAAAUCGACAACUCAUCAGCACCACAUGCUCCAUACAACUGCACCAUACAAAGCAGCACACUUAUGUUCAGUUGUGCUUCACGACCACCACAAGGAAGCCAUAUAGUGCGAUUGUGCCCAUGUAGAGAUUAUCUGCCCGGGCAAAUGGCACUAUGUAAACAGUGUGUUUCAUGAUUAUCAAAUCAUAUCAGUUUGACGCUAUGCGUUUUGGGAAUUUAAUCUUCUUUUUUUCUUCUUUGCUCAGCUUUUCCAAUACUUUCCUUGCAAUAGCUAGUACACACAUCUCUCAUUCACUUCAUCUAUCCUACUUAAAAUCUGCUUUACAUAGAUUUCACAAAUUCUGUCCCUUUAAUUAUAUUAUAGAUGUACAGUAAUUCGCUUCGUACCUCCUUCACUUAUAAUGUUGUGUCCAGCCAAAUUUGGGUACAUGGUAUUUCCAUGUGUGGAAAUGCGAUUGGGAAGUCCUAGGCAAGCCGUGGCCCAGUCGGCAGUUUUUAUGAUCCAUUUGGUAGAGAAUUUUACUCGAAACUCUCACCCAG